AUGAAAGUGCAAAAUUGUGAGCAACUACUGCGAGCUAUCUACGCACCUCAAAAUAUUUAUUGUGUCCAUGUUGACAAAAAAGCACCAGCCUCAGUCUUUAUUGCCAUCAAUGCCAUUACGUCCUGUUUCCCAAAUGUGUUCAUGGUCAGCAAGGCUGUGAAUGUGGUCUAUGCUGGAUGGACACGUGUACAGGCUGAUCUUAACUGCAUGGCUGAUCUCUAUAACACCAGUACGACAUGGAAAUACUUCAUCAAACUCUGUGGUCAGGAUUUCCCUCUAAAAACUAACUUGGAAAUUGUGCAAGCUUUGCGUUCACUAAAAGGAGGUAACAGUUUGGAGUCGGAGGAAAUGCCUCAAGGAAAGAAGGGAAGGGUGACAAAUGUUCACAAAGUAGUAGAUGGACAAAUGCAGCGAACAGGAAAAACAAAGGAUCCAGCUCCCUUCAAUCUGCCCAUACUAUCAGGAAAUGCCUACAUUGUGGUCAACCGAGGUUACGUCCGCAGUGUUUUGGAAGACAAGCGAAUACAGGCCCUCAUUGAGUGGGCCAAAGACACCUACAGUCCUGAUGAGUUUCUGUGGGCAACAAUACAACGAAUACCUGGUGUUCCUGGCUCAACAUGGCCCAACCGUAAAUUUGACACGACAGACAUCAACGCAAUUGCACGGAUAGUGAAGUGGCAGGGGCACGAGGGGUCAGAGGGUUCUCUGCAAGCAGUAUACCCAGAAUGUAAAGGCCACCAUGUCAGAUCAAUAUGUGUGUAUGGUGCUGGAGACCUGCAGUGGUUGAUUGAACAGCAUCACCUUUUUGCUAAUAAGUUUGAUGCAGACAGAGAUCCCAUUGCUAUCUACUGCUUGGAGAAAUAUCUGAGACACAAGGCACUGACUGAGUUAGAUUAGUUGGAGAGUUAAUCAUCCACUAUGAAGGACAAUUCAAAUAGAUAACCAGAAGUAUAAACACAUUCUUGGAUAGUGUUGGAUCAUAACUGUCAUGUGGACAUAGAUGUGUUAUAAAAGUUGUGGAGAGUCUGGAUGUGUACAACAGUUACUAAAUGUAGCAGUGUUGGACAUUAUGUGAUCCCAAAUUAAAAAUUUAGCUUUUUUCAUUUUCAUUUGUGACAAUGAUGAUGAUGAUGAUGAUUAUGUCACUUAGAGAACCUACAGGUAAAUUGAUUUUGGAAACAGCAGGCUGGGAGAAUGAUUCAAUGUCCAACUA